AUAAAUACUGAAUACUAUAAUAUACCUUGCAUAUAUUAUCAUAUCGAUAUAACCUCUUUAGAUAAUUGAAGGGGUCAGUGGAUAAAAGUGUUAACUGACAUUUUUUUCAAAAAUGCAUUUUAUUGCAUGAAUAAAGGUGUUAUAAUGUUAUAAACAUUAUAUCACUAUUUGAAAAGUUUUAAUUUAGUAGUUACCAAUAAUAGUUAUGGUUACCUACGUGUUAUAAGAAGAAUUAAUCAUUAGUUGUAGUGGAUAAACGUGUUAGUGUAUGUUAACUUGAACAAUUUCAAAAAUGUUAGUUAACACCUUUAUCCACUGACCCCUUCAAUUAUAAUAUAUAUACAGGGUGAUUCACCAAACAUGCUCACCCCUUAUUAUCCACUAAAUAAUUGCAGUAAAAAAGGGGGUUCUUGCAAUAAACGGGUUUCAAAACCGACAUAAGUGUAGGCACAACAGUAAGAUAAGUGGCACUUAAAAAAAGCAAAUCCGUUUCAUCAAGACGUCUUAGCAGAACAAAUACAAAAUAUGCAUUGAGUAGUGUAUUGUUCUCCGCAAUGAACCGAUUUAGAGUAUGAUGGGUUUACCACUGAAACAAUAAUAAACGUAUAUAGAAACAGAUAUCGAUAUUUGCAAUGGUAUCAGGUCUUAAAUUCUUGUCUUCGAUAAUUGCCAGUACUAAACCAUAAUUUUAAAGAAUGUAGCUAUAGAUUGGUAUACAUUUUUCGAUGUAAUUUAUUAUAAUACUUAUAAUAAUUCUACUUAUCGUUCAUUUCGAUGUUUGGGUCUUGAGGUAAUAUAAAACAAUAUUAUAAUAACUGUCCAAAUGUUCUGUAGGUACCUACCAAUACUCUAUAUAAUAUGCGUUACGGCGUGAUGCGUUAUGUGAUUUCUAGGAAAAUGUCUUAAAUCAUACCGAAAAAAAAACCAAGGACUUCGUGUGCAUAAUAAAACAAUGUUCUGUUUGACAUAAUAAUAAUAUGACAUGAAGCAAUGAACAUUGUAUUGCAAAAGGAGGAUAUUGAAAAAAUCCAAUCGACCACUUCUCCGACAGUACUAUAAGCUAGGCAAACCGGUCUGUUCACAGAGAUCGGAAUAGCUUAUACGUUUCGAUUGCAAUAAUGGUACAGCAUAAUAUUGCCUAUUUGUUUAUGUACAUAUGUAUAUAUAACCGUAAGUCAUUCGUGCUUCUGUGAUUCGCAUAAAGUACAUACCUGUGAUCUAUCAUCGUUUGUGUGUGCGUUUUCUCGUUCUUGACAUGUCGUCGAAACGCGCAGUCAUAUUAUGGUGUUCCCUGAUUUUCGCGUUCUCCGCCGAUUCGCAGUCCUGGGACCGGAAGGACGAUGAGUUGUGCAAAGUGAUCACCAAGACCAACGACGAUUACACGUGUAAGCCAAUUGACCAAUGUCCGGUGGUUCUUCGUGCGGCCGAAGACCGCGCGGCUUAUCCAAAGAUUUGCAGGUUCCACGGACGGACUCCGAUCGUGUGCUGUCCAACUUCUCGGGAAAGUCUACGUAGAAAUUCCACUGAAAUGUGUAGAGAAUACUAUUCGUUGACUACUAAAGGCGGUGGAACUAUCGAUUCUGGCGGUUGUCGACCGAAAAAGAUUGUCAGCGAAAAUCUUCUUACCAUCGUCGGCGGAACUGAGGCCGAAGAAAUGGAAUUUCCUCACAUGGUUAUUUUAGGAUUUGGAGAAAACAUCAAUAAAGUUGAAUGGUCAUGUGGUGGAUCAUUGAUUAGCGAUCGUUAUGUGCUUUCAGCAGCACACUGUUCCGAAAUUGGAAAAAAAAGCCCAGUUAAAUGGGCCUUACUGGGUGACAACGAUUUGGGUUCCAACAGAGGUGCUGCAGACCCUCAGGUUCGCGAAAUCGUCCAGCGGAUCUUGCAUCCAAGUUAUAAACCUCCGUCGAUGUACAACGACAUCGGUCUGUACCGGCUAAGCACACCGGUUAAAUUCAAUCGAUUUGUCUUUCCGGCUUGCAUAAACACCGAAGUUCAAUUAACCGCUAAACAAGCAAUCGCCAUUGGUUGGGGAAGAACUAGUUCAGCUGGUCUAACGAGUAAUAUUUUAAUGAAAGUAUCAUUAGAUUUGGUGGAACAGAAUGAAUGUAAUCGCAGUUAUUCGUCUUCCCCGAGUCCAAAUUUGAAAUUUGGAAUAAAUCCAAACAACCAAAUUUGUGCCGGACAACUAGAAGGUGGCAAAGACACCUGUCAAGGUGAUUCUGGUGGACCAUUACAGAUUGUUCAUCCCGAAUUUGAGUGCAUGUACACGCAAGUGGGUAUUACUUCGUUCGGAAAACUGUGUGGUGAACCAAACGCACCCGGCGUCUACACGAGGGUGUCCAAUUACGUGUCUUGGAUCGAUGGAGUCGUUUGGAAGUCGUCUCCAUGAAUAUUGCAAUACCACGACACAACAAAAAUAAUUGUACUAUGUGUCUGUCUUAUACCUAGCGAAUAUAUUGAGUGGAAAAUGAAGUGUUCAUAGGAACUUACAAAAUAUGUAUAUUACCUAGGUAUAUAUUAUUAUACACACAUCUACCCAUAAUACGUUAUACAACUACCCUAAGUAGUAGUUAAAAAUGUAUAAGUAUAUUAUAGUAUAUUACCACCUACCAAAUGUUAUUGUAAUAAAAUGUAUUAAUAAAAAUGGUUUUUAAAU